GCUGCAUCGACCACAUAUUCACCAUUCGUCAGGUUCUAGAACACAGGCAUACUUAUCGAUGUCCGACAAUGGUGGUCUUUCUUGACUUAAAAGCAGCAUUUGACUCGGUAGACCGCGAGGUUCUGUGGCAGUGUCUGUCAUUGAAAGGCGUACCUCAGAAGUACAUAAACCUUGUGAAGGCUCUUUACUCGAACACCACUAGUCGAGUGAGAGCUUAUGGCGAACUGUCAUCUACUUUUGCAACCUCAAGUGGUGUCCGUCAAGGAUGUCCACUUUCCCCAUUUUUGUUUAACUUCAUCAUAGACCUACUGAUGGAAAUAACAUUCUCGUCGACUGAGUUCUCGGGUAUUGAUCUCCAUCCAGGAGGUCCACUUAUCGACUUAGAAUACGCAGAUGAUAUAGUCCUGUUCGGUGAAGACGCUGAUAAAAUGCAGAGUCUUUUGGUAGCACUAAGCAACAAUGCCAGAAUGUUUGGGAUGCCUCUCUCCCUCUAAAUGCAAAUUGUUGCUUCAGGACUGGUCUGCGUCAACACCUGAACUAAGGAUAGGGAGUGAAGUAGUCGAACGCGUUGACAACUUCACUUAUCUUGGGAGUCUGAUCAGCCUUAAUGGGUUGGUAUCGGACAAAAUCUCAGCACGGAUUCGAAAAGCUCGUUUGGCUUUUGCCAACUUGCGUCACUUAUGGAGAAGGCGAGAUAUCCGUCUAUCAAUAAAAGGACGAGUAUACUGCGCGGCAGUUCGUUCUGUCUUACUUUACGGCAGCGAAACAUGGCCUUUAAGAGUAGAAGACACUCGUAAGCUACUACUAUUUGACCAUAGAUGCCUUAGAAAUAUUGCUGGCAUCUGCUGGGAUCACUGGGUAAGUAAUAGUGAGGUUAGACGCAGGGUAUUAGGUAAUGAUGGUAAAUCAGUUGAUGAGGUUAUGAAUCUUCAUCGGCUGAGAUGGUUGGGUCACGUGUUACGUAUGACUGAACACCGAUUACCACGUCGUGCAAUGCUAACGGGUGUUAGAGAUGGUUGGAAGAGAAUUAGGGGCGGCCAAACCAAAACGUGGCAUCAGUGCUUGAAGACACUAACCCCUAGUCUGAGCCAUGUUGGUAGAUACAGACUACUUGGUUGGGGUCCGCGUGACUUUCGUAACCAAUGGUUGGAGACUCUUGGUGACAUGGCUCAGAACCGAUCACAAUGGCGUAGGUGUAUACACUCCCUGUCUUCCCUCAAACUAUGAGAUUAAAAGCGCUUUAUAUCUUUCUUUCUACUAACCAAUUCUUUCUUCUUGUACUAUAUCUCUAUAUGCAAUCUUUCUCUUAUGUAUUAUCACCUUUUACCUAACCACUGUUAUGAAUCCGGUGUUCAUCUUGUUGUGCUGAUGCGGUAUGGCAACCUGGACCGAUGCACACAUGUGCCUGGUCCUACGUUGUAGCUGACUGACUGACUGACACCCGAAUAAGAGCAGAGAAAGUUCAAGCACAAGCUGAAUACACAGAAGCAAACAAGCAUGUGUAGAAAAACAUUAGAGCUGACAAGCAGAAAUACGUGCAAGAGCUAGCAAAGACAACGGAAAAAGCUGCAAGAGAAGGAAAUAUGAGGCAGCUAUAUGACACAACGAAGAAACUAGCAGGGAAAUAUAGUAAACCAGAGAGACCGAUCAAAGACAAAGAAGGCAAGCCAAUCACUAAGAUUCAAGAACGGAGGGACAGGUGUGUAUCACACUUUGAGGAACUCUCGAAUAGACCAGCCCCACUGAACCCACCGGAAAUCGAAGUAGCACAUACAGACACUCAUAACUGUCACUCCACCAACGAUCGAAGAAAUCAAGAGUGGGUAAGCGGCGGGACCUGACAAUAUAACAGUCGAAGCAAUGAAGUCAGACAUAGAAGUAACUGCAAAUAUGCUCCAUGUUCUAUUCAGAAAGAUUUGGGAGGAAGAACAAGUGCCGACAGACUGGAAAGAAGAACACUAUCAAGAUGCCAACGAAAGAUAUGAGCAAAUGUAAGAACUACAAAGGCAUCACACUCUGACAGGGGUGGAAACUCACGUAUCUUGUCGGCUGUCACAAUUCCUCUUAUUACAACCCAGCUAUUCCCAUUGCUCAGUAUUCUUGGGUACCGAUUCACUUGACAAGUCCCCAAAUCAGAACACGAUCGAACAGGAAAGAAGUUAUAUUUCAAAUAACAAGGGUAGAUGGAAGUAAGAAGCCUAAUAAAAAAACGUUAUUAUAUAUUUACAGUUUUUACGUGAAAAGAUUCUAGAGUCUUCAAGUAUCGAUUAGCGCUGAUUGAAUAAGAAAUAAACAAUCAGCUUGAAUCAACACAAUCGUGCACGGAACAUGCUUUAAUCCAAACUAUGACCCACUAACAUCAGCAUAAUCAAUUAACAAGGAGGAUCUAAUGCAGACAUAAAGGCGAGGAUUAGCAAAGCAAGGGAAGCAUUCUUACAGUUGAAGAACAUAUGGAACUCAAAACAACUGUCGAUCAAUAUAAAAGUCAGGAUUUUCAAUACGAACGUCAAGACAGUUCUACUGUACGGAGGACUACUACAACUAUCAUCAAAAAGGUACAAUUAUUUCUAAACAAUUGUCUACGCAAGAUACUCAAUGUCUGUUGGCCGGAUAUCAUCAGUAACGACCUGCUGUGGGAGAGAACAAACCAUCUUCCAAUUGAAGACGGAAUUAGAAAAAUACGUUGGAAGUGAAUAGGACAUACAUUACGGCAAACAUCAAACUGCAUCACCGGGCCAAACCCUAACAUGGAAUCCUAAAGGGGAACGUAAAAAAGGAUGGCUUAAAAACACAUUGCACUGAGAAUUGGAAGCAGAAAUGAAUAGGAUGAAUGGCAACUGGAAACAACGUGAAAGGAUUGCCCAGGACAGAGUUGGAUGGAGAAUUCUGAUGAGCGACCUAUGUUUUUCCACGAAGUGUGACAGGAGUAUGUAAGAAUGCAUUGACAGAGCUUUUUGCAAUAGAAGAUAUUACGUUAAGGAAAUAUUUGUGCUGCAGUUGAUCGAAAUACCACUUUUAUUUAUUUACUACACGUUUUAGAUUAUGUUUAGACUUCUGGAGGCCAUUUAUGAAUGCUACUUUUUAUUUUUCUUGUUUCAGUCCCCAGCAUUUAGUACUGGAAAAGUUACCAAAGGAGAUGAAGUAAUCGAAGUAAAUGAACAAAUAGUUAUUGGUUGGCUUCACUAUCGCGUCGCUGAUUUAAUGCGGCAUUCUUCACAGCACAUCAGUCUGCGAUUGCGAAAGCGACCUUCUCAUUCCAACGAUUUUAUUGGCUUUCCAGGAGCUGGGCGGCGUCAUCGCCUAAUAGUCAACCAGAUACCACCUGCUGGGAGCCUAUCCCAGACGCGAGGUGCGUAUAUAUUUACAAGAAACCCGAAACGUCGUCUGCCUCUUACAGGCCCACUUUCUGCGGAACCUUUGUCUGUUACUCAAGAAACCACCUCCGAUCAAACAUCUGUUUCCUCACCUACAUCAAUAUCUCCACCUGAAUCCCAAUCCAUAGUUAGUGUGUCUGGGUUGCUUCCCUCUUCUCCGACCUCUUCUUUAUCUGUGCAUCAGGGUACAUCAAUAAAACUAAAUGAUGAUCCUUGCAAUCUAGAAAAUCGUGUUCAUAUAUCUUUUAGACCGAAUUCCAGCAAUGAAUCCAUAAUUUACAAUAACUCGAGGCUUAUUGCUAGUACACCAAAUACUCCAUUAAUGACUUUACGAUCAAUGGACUCGGUGUGUUCUCAUUCUUCGCUAUCGUUUCCACCCCACCUUCCACCUGCGCAUCCUGGUACUACAACGUUUGACAACGGAAUAAACGAUACUAGUGUGGUCUCAUCUGAUAUUCUAUACUCAAAAAAAUACAAGUCUGUCAAUACUUCUCAUCAUAUUCGCUCAACUUCUUGUUCUUCAAACAAAUCUGUUUUUCCUCGUUUUUCCCUAACACAUCGACGCACAGCUUCUGGUGACCCAAAACUGAUGGAUAGUAUAUCUAGUGGCAACGGGGAAGAUACAUUAUUUCAGAAAAAACCGAGUCCUUCUUCUUCGCUUCGUCACUGUAGUAGUUCAUCUAAGUUUCAUGCUCUGGAUAAACGCUAUAGAAACCUUCAUCGUUCUAGUCUUGAUGAUUUCAUGCUUUUUUUAAAACAUGGAUUUGGAUCAAGAAAACCAACUCGUCGUAUAUCCUGCAAGGAUCUUGGACAAGGUGAUUGUCAAGGCUGGCUUUGGUUGAAGAAAACCAACCCACUUACCAGUAAAUAUGUGAAGCGAUGGUGUGUUUACAAAAACUCAACGUUCUAUUAUUACAGAAAUCCUGAAGAUGAUUCAGCUGAAGGUUUAAUUCUGUUACAUGGUUUCACAAUCACUCCUGCAGUCUCAGCGAAAUCGGGAAAAUUUGCAUUCUCAAUUUUCAAUGAUUGGGUUCGCUUUGUGUUCGCUUCUGAUUCUGAAAUCGACCGAUCAAAAUGGAUGAAUAAGUUAGGCCUAGCUUCAAUCGGUUUGUCAUCUACCAUACCAAAUUCUCGUAUUGGUGGUUUCAAUCCUGGUUACGUGGUUUUAUGUGACUCGAAAAAUAACGAAGUAAAAGCUGAAAUUCCGCAUCCACAUUCAUGCACCGUCUUAUCAGAUUCACCCACUAAAAAUUUCCAAGGCGACAACACAUCUGGACUUCGAUCUCAGACCUUAUCAACUUCCAAAACUACAGAUUUCGCAGAAAACUCUUUAACAGUGGUGACUUCCCAGCCUGUGUCAACCCCUCCAAGGCAUGUAACACUACAUUCAGUUUCAUCACCAUCAUUUUCUACGUUUGAUUUGCGUUCGAAUUCUUUACCAUCUGAACCCCGUGCUGUCCGCUCUAUAAUUUUUCCUCGGAAUAGUGCUCUACCACCCUCAAUCGGACAUUCAUCUCCUGCUCACACUAGAACUAGGCAUCGUCAACCACUUGAAAUCCCUUCAGUAGCAUUCGGAUGCUAUAGUGAGAGUGAAGAUGAAAUAGACGAGGAUGUUGAAGCCGAAUGUGAUGUGGAUGACAACUGUAUCUCUGAGGGAGGCGCACAACUAAAUCUUCGAAACCGACCAGGCUCUGCAUCCCCAUCACAUGAACGAAGAUAUGUUAUUUUAAACAGUACAGAAGAAAAUGAAUGUUUACAAGAAUAUAAAAAGCUGAUUUCAUGUAAAAGUGAACUACAUGUGUCCGAUGUACAUGCUUCAAUGCCUUUAUCACGUCCAUUACGAGCUGCGCAUAUCAUUACGAAAAAUCUCCAUUGUUCUGAUAAACUUUUAGGCGUCGAAAAGAUUGUUGGCUUAAGAAACGACGAACCAGUCCCCGAAUGCAGCAGUAGGCGUUUUAAUAACUGAUACUGAAAAGCUCAAAUUUAAGUUACCAUAAUCAUCUUUGACCAUUCACUGUUGAAUCUUGUCACUUAUUUUUUGAAUUUUACUUCAUUUUCAUUCUGACUUUAUCUUUUGUGAAAUAUCUCAUGCUAUGUAAUUA